UGGGCUUGUUCGGGGCCGCGUGGGGAUUUAAACCAGUGCAGUGCCACUUUGGUAAUGUUUGAGCACGUGAAAGAGCAAAUGUCAUUGUGUUCAGGUAAUUUGCAGAUCGUUAUUCUUUAGUUGUCGCAAUGUUUGACCUGAAGAAGAGGAACAGUUUGACUUUAAACAGCGCUCGUGACGCGGAGGAGUUCAGACGGGUGGCUGUCAGACGCAAAGCCAAAGGUGCUGCAGUGGACUUCAUCGCAGUGAACAGUGGAGUGUGUGGCUCAUAUAGCUGUGGCAGUGCUUGUGACAGCUUCUGUGGAUCAGAACCAAACUCUAAAAAUGAUGCAGAGAAACACAAGGAAAGAAGCCCAGUAAAACGAUCACCUGUCAAACCCCAAGUGCCUCCUAAACCAGCUCACCUGCAGAGUCCUCUGAAGCCAGGACAAGCUCAAGCUCACAGUCCUACAACGGGGAAAUUAUUACCUCAACAUGUUCACGGCACAGACCACAGUCCCAAAGGAUGCAGCAGCAUUUCUGUUUCCUGUGUCAGUCCAUCAGGGGUUGGUCUAAGCUCCCCUAGUCCUGUCAGAGGAGGGGGAACUAGGUUUUUGAAUGGAGUGUCGGGGGGACAGAUCAGCCCUGCCCAACAUGCUCUGGGGAUCUCAAAUCUUACAAGCAGUCCAGUAUUAGGAUCUCCAAGUCCGGGGAAACGAGGCGUUCAGAGCCGUAGCUCAUUGAGGGAAAGAGGGCACAGCCCCGCAAAGUUGUCCCCAAGAAACCGGAGCCCUCUGAUAAGAAAACUGCGGACCCCCAGCCCCGUGCAGGGGAACAUGGGGAGCUAUAGUUCUGCCAAGAACUCUAAAUCGUGGCUUGGACUGCACAGAAUCCCAAGUGGAAAGAACGAAGGGAAAGAGAAGAAAGGAGGGAAAUCUUUAAGUGUACCUGACUUACUUUUUUACUUGGAGGAAAGGAGGAUACCCAUCCAUAAAGCUGAAAGUCCUGCACUGAAACUGAUUCAGUCACCUAGCAACAACAGGCCAGCCAUCACUGUAAAAUCACCAGUUAUCCAAAUACUCAGUCACUCCACAAAUGAAGCCCAUCCUCCAAGCAAUAGCAAGGCGCUGUCCCCACCACAAAUGAAUGGCAAUGUGCAGAAGAGAGAUUUCACGGAAGUAAAUGGGAAAGGAACAAAUGUCAAAAUGGAAGACGGCAAGAUAUCACAUGGCUGUAAAUUUUCCUGCUUGUGGAAUGGGGCUACUGCAGGAGACUGCAAGCUUAACAAGGAGUCUGAUGUGGAACAAAGUCAUGAAGAGAAGAGGCAGGAGGGAGGAGGAGAUGAGCCAAGAGAGGAAGAGAGCACAGAGCAGAAGUUGUACAGCAUAGCCAAUGAACUCCUGCAGACAGAGAGGACGUACGUGGCUCGUCUCCACCUGCUGGACCAGGUUUUCUGCUCACGCCUCACAGAAGAGGCAGGCCGAGGCUCAUUUCCUCCUGAAGUGAUCAGGAACAUAUUCUCCAACAUUUCCUCCAUCUACUCCUUCCACAGCCAGUUUCUGCUUCCUGACCUGGACAAAUGUAUCUGUCAGUGGCAUGAGAGGCCCGGCCUGGGUAAGGUCCUGCUGCAGCACGCCCCCUUCCUGAGGAUGUAUGCCGAAUACGUAAGGAACUUUGACCAGGCCAUGGAGCUAGUUAGGACCUGGACAGAACGCUCCUCUACCUUCAGAAAUACAAUCCAGGACAUACAGAGCCAGGAGAUGUGUGGCCACCUGACCCUGCAGCAUCACAUGUUGGAACCAGUUCAGAGAGUUCCACGUUAUGAGAUGCUGCUAAGGGAUUACCUGAAGAAACUGCCAGAGGAUAACCCAGAUUAUGAGCUUGCUCAUAAAUCCUUGCAGACAAUCUCCAUGGCAGCCACCCACUCAAACAGCGCCAUCCACAAAGCUGAGAGCCUGAAGCGGCUGCUGGAGAUCUAUGAGAUGGUUGGAGAGGAGGAAGUGGUAAACCCGACCAAUGAGUUCCUCAGGGAAGGUCGCUUGCUUAAGCUUGCAGCCAGGAACACAUCUGCCAUGGAGAGGCACCUAUUCCUGUUCAACAACUUCAUGCUGUGCUGCACUCCUAAGUUCAGCCUGGUUGGGCAGCGUUUCACUGUUCGCUGCAGGAUCGGAGUGGAUGGCAUGGAAGUGCAACAAACAAACAAUGAGGAUCAUCCAUUCACUUUCCAAGUGUCAGGAAAGGAGAGAACCCUUGAGCUGCAGGCCAGCUCUGAAGAAGAAAGAGAUGGGUGGAUUAAGGUCAUUCAGGGAGCCAUCGAUGUGUUUCAGAGGAAGCAUGAAACCUUCAAAGUGGCUUCUAAGGAGCCAAAUGUAGAAGAACAGGCAGAGGAACUUGGCCGGCGUGCCCCUCGCUGGAUCAGAGACAACGAGGUGACGGUAUGCAUGAAAUGCCAGGAACCUUUCAAUGCACUCACCAGGAGACGACACCACUGCAGAGCCUGUGGCUGUGUUGUGUGCUGGAAGUGUUCAGACAAUAAAGUGGCUUUAGAGUAUGAUGGAAACAAGCUGAACAAAGUGUGCAAAGCCUGCUACUCCAUCCUGAGCUGUCAAAGAGGGGAGAGGGUGGAGGGGAAGAAGAGGAGAAUACUGGAGUCUGAAGCAUCUUUAGUAUCCACUGAUGGCACAAUGAGCGGCUUCCUGCUGUAUGGAAACAACCCAAAGACCUGGCAGCAGUUGUGGUGUGUCAUCACCAGAACUGAUCCUCCUUUCCUCUGCCUGUACACCACUCCCCAGGAUGUGAAGCCUCUGUCCUGUAUACCUCUAUCAGGCUGCAGCGUGGAGGAUUCCCCUCAGGAGCUCCAGGGUCAGCCCUCUUUCUGUGUAAGCCAGUCCAAAACCACCCACACUUUCUCCUGCGAUGGCUUGAACCUCAAACAGAGCUGGCUGAACGCUCUGACAGUGUCAGUGGCAGGAUGCCAGCGUGUUCACCCAGUGACCCUGACGUCAUCACCGAUUGCUCCAGACGUGGCCUUAAUGGUUAUGUGAAUAAUGGACGUGUCAGAAGUCUGGACAAACAUGUACAUGUGGUAAUAGUGAAUGAAAUGUAAAAGUUUAAUUCAGGUGUUUAAUGUUAGUACAUUAUAUUCAGACUGAGAACUGUUUUUCUUACAAGUGACGGUGCACUUUAUUGAAAUGGUUUACAGUAAAAUAAAUAAAGUGAAGGUGUUUUUAUAAGA